AUGUCGCUCUUUGAUCUUGAUGACAAUGAUUUUACUUCCGAGACGAGUAGUAGUAGUGGGAGUACUCAUAGCGGGAGCCACCCUAUAGUUGGUGGUGACUCUUCGAAAAAGCCACUAGAAUCUAAAUUACCUUUCCCUGCACCACCUGUUCGCUCCAAUGAACUCCCCGGUAGUAUGUCCGAUGCCCCCCGAGGAAGAUUCGCUUUAACUGAAAGUGAGAUUCGUAGUGCCCAACAAGAUCGAAAGAAGCUUCUUGAACGUAGGUUGGCUUCCAAAAUUGGGUUUAGUGGAGGUUGGAAUGCCGCUUCUAAUCUGCUCAUUGACAACCCCACGGGUUCUGUUCCCGUAGCUGGUGAUGGGAAAGCUGGUCGUGGUGAUUCAAGCGUCUUCGGGAACUCGAUUGCUGCCGCAUUACGGCUGCGGAAAGAGGAGCAAGAGGAGUUGUUACUGCGGAAACUUCGCGCCGAACGCUCAAAUGAUCCGGCUUUAAUCGAAAAAGAUUUGGAAGUGGGCGUUUUCGUGACGCCAGCGUAUAAACAGAUGCUUCGGCGCCAUCAUAAACGCCAAAGCGGCCAAACCGACGGUACCGAAAACGCACCCGAUGAACUCGUCGAUUCCAAGAAACGAGGGGAAAGUCAUGACGACAAUGACCCCUUAGAGGCCUACAUUAGAAGCUUAGAGCGCAACCAACAACGUGGUCUCGCCACCUCUGCGGGCGAUCCGCCUUCAGGGCUGUCGAGUAGCCAUUCGAACGAUGUCAAUUCAUCUGUGAGCGAGACCAAAGCGACGGACCCUGGCGGCCAUCAUGAUCAGGUGAUGCUCAUGCGGCUUUAUGAAAAUGCCCAACCCUCGGAAAGAGGGCGGCAGCAGCAGCGAGGCCCCCUCCCUGAGGACGGGAUCUCCCCGCCUUCUUUCAGUGAGUUAGAGGCACUCGUGUUAACGGAAGGAACUCCAACACACGCGGAGGAACGUGGAGCAGAGAAUGCAAAGGGAAGACCCAUCUCUGACGCGCUGAAGGAGGUGGCUCCGGGGUCCGAGGGCAACCCCAAUCACCUAUCUAACCCCGGAAGCGGUGUUGCAUCUCAGAAUGAGGCUCUCAUUGCGCAUCAGCGCACGCUUUUCCUAAGUCGUGAAGCGCGGAAACGACGGCGUGCGGACGGUGAUUUCAUUGAUGCGUGUGCACGACGGUGUGAGGAGCGUAUGCUCAAAGCUUUGGGUGUACGGUAA